AUGGCCAGUGUUGCCAAUGGUCAUGCUGUUGCCAUCCCUGCCGGCCAGCUGGAUGCUCGCACCUAUCCAACUCCCACAGACCGAGACAGUCACCUCGUGGAAGGCCCUGUUGACGAUUACUCUGGGCGGAGGCACCAAGACGGAGACCUGCACCAAACAGAAACCUCCACCUCUAUCUCUACCACCACUGUCACUCCGACAGUUACGCCCCCAAGCUGUCCGACACAGUGUCCGGCGCCUCCAUCGUGCAACAACCUUGGGUUUGACUGGGCGUACUACAACAACUCGGCACGCAAUACCGACACAACCUACUCUACCUUCCAUCCAGACUCUUACAAGAAGACGACUCCCAUCUAUGUCGGCACCACUUCGUAUGUUGGCGGUCUCUAUGGCCAGGGCUCUCAGACAACCGGUCCUAUCUACGACUCCAGCCGAAACUUCAACCUCGACUUCUUUGCCCUGAACCAUCACGCCUACAUCUACGCGUGCGAGGCCGGCACAUAUAGCAUCUCCAUCCCGUAUUCCAACGACGCCGUGUAUCUGUGGACCGGUGCAAAGGCCUACUCUGGCUGGACGGAUAACAACGCAGAUGCUGCAGCAUUAUACAACCAACCCGAUCACAUUGCUGGCCGCGCCAACUUUAACCUCGACAUUCCGGCCAAUUCGUAUGUUCCGAUCCGCUUCUUCUAUGGCCAGGCGCAGUACGGCGGAGGCUUCAACUUCAACAUCACGACGCCGAGCGGUCAAGUCAUUGUCAGCAACCAGGAGACAUUCAGCCCGUACGUGGUGCGCUAUUCGUGUGACGGAACCACGGCGCCUGCAUUUGCGGCGUUUGGAAAAGAGACGUGA